GGCACGCCAAUGGCACGCCUGACCACAAGGAGGAGAUGAGGUACAAGAGUGUUGGUGGCUACUUUAUCCUCAUCGCCAGAGUGGAGAUCCUUGACGGGAAGCCGGUCCACGUUAGCAGCAGAGGCCUCUCACCUUGCAUCGUUCUGCUGGAGGAAGCUCUGACCGGAGAAGUUGAUCUCCGAAACUGGCCAGAGGUAAUCAAGCAGAGAAGGGAUCAUCAGUCUGAGCCAGACUCCGGAGAAUGCAGCCUUCAAGGAGAGAAAAAGCACGAGGAGCGCUCACGUCGCCGCGAGGCCAAGCAGCAGAACAUCAAGUACAAGCGCAGAGUUGUGAAAGAGCGGCUAGACCUGGCAGAAGGUCGUGCGAAAGAGCUGAUUCUGGGAGCCGACGAAGGUGAUGAAGAGUGA